ACCAAACAUUCAUUCUUCAACUUUUCAUUAAUUUCCUCGUAAUUUGCCAACAUGUUCCGCAUAAGCAACACCGUUGUCGGCGCGCUCAACAUUCUCUCCUUGCUCCUGGGCGUGGCCGCCGUGGCCUCCUCCGCUUACAUCCACAUCCGCGGCGGCUCCGACUGCCAGAAGGUCCUGCAGGUGCCGCUUCUAGUCGGCGGCAUCUUCGUGGUGCUGGUCUCCACCUUGGGAAUCGUGGGGUCGCUGUACCGUGUCAACACUGCGCUCUACGCCUACCUCUUCGUCACGUUCGCGCUCAUCGUGGGCCUCGCCUUCUUCACCGUCUUCACGCUGUUCGUGACGAACAGGAAGGUGGGGCAGCAGGUUUCCGGCAAGGGCUACGGCGAGUACAGGGUGGCCGAUUUCUCGCACUGGCUGCAGCGCUACGUCGUCAACAACAAGAACUGGGACGAGGUGAAGAGUUGCUUGAUGGACGCGCACGUGUGCCAGAACCUCGCCAUCAACGGUGGCCGCAACAACGACUUCCUCAUUUUCAAACACCUAACAACAACGCAGGCUGGUUGUUGUAAACCACCAGCGUAUUGUGGGUUCAUAAUGAAGAAUGGUACGUUCUGGGAAGUGCCAAAAGAGGGUCCAGCAGUGAAUAAUUCUGACUGCAGCACUUGGAACAACAGAGAAGACAAACUGUGCUACGAUUGCAAUUCAUGCAAGGGAGGAGUUUUGGCUAACAUAAGGAACCAAUGGAGACGUCUCACUGUAUUCAACGCAUGCGUGCUUUUGGUAGUCACUGCCAUAUAUGCCUUGGGCUGCUACGCCAUCAAGAACAACAGAUUCGAUUCACAGUGCAACCACCCCAAAACACCAUUUCCUUGAUUCCACUAGUGUUCUUGCAUGCAACAUAUACAGAGAACUAGUUUGUGUCCUCAAUAUCUAGGUUAAUUAGUUAGUUAUAAUGUUUGAAGUACAUUAGUAUUAAUUGUUUGGACGUCAGUAUGUGUGUAUAUUAUGUAUUGUUUUGUGGUUUUGUAAUGCUGGAUAUUGUUACUCAAUUUCUUUAAUCCUUUUGUUAUUCGUGGCAUUUAGCGUUUAGAUCUGUUUUGAAUGUUCUGGUUUCAAUCAUCAACGCUUAAUGAUGUUAGCCUUCAUAUCAUAUGUUUCCUACUCAGUCGUGU